AUGUAAUAAUAAUAAAUAUUACCUCCAUAUACAUUGACAUUAAAAGAAUUACUAAAUAGACCUAAUUUAGUAGUUGUAUCUGAGGAAGGAAUGAGAUUUAGAACUGAAAUUCGUGAAGAUACUAGAAGUGCAUCACCAAUUCCCAAGAAAAGUAGUAAUAAGACACUUAGAAUUGACAAAUAGAUAACAAGUGGAGCUUUAAAGAUAGGAAAUUCAUCAUUUUAUUUAGGAAGGUAAGAAGUAAAGUGCUUAAUUGAGACAAAAAGAUCCUUUAUUAAAUAGUAGUCAUUAAAAGACCUAAAUCUAGAAGCCUUAUGAUUA